AUGGAAUCUUCCUCUUGCGCACAUUCUGAGACUGAUGAGAGCUUGUUACGACUGUUAUGUGACAGCGGCAUCUCGCUGCACAAAACAGAUGAAAGGGUUUUACUUGACACGUACGUGCCGUUCUCGCGAAUUCAGCAUGCACUUCGGACUGACGAUGAGCAAUGUAAAAGGACAUGGGUUUACAGCGACGACGUCUCAACAAUAGAUCCUGGUGUUGCCAGAGCAUGUACGGAGCAACUCGAGUUCGUUCGUACACUCAAAGAAAGCUGGACCGCAACUAGGCCACAUACGCUCAGCAUACCAGAAAGGUGGAAGAGCGAGGCUCAGAAGACGACAUGGGUGACAACAGAUCAUAUGAAUGCAGCCGCCUUGAUGCAUUGGAUUAAACCCAUUGAAACCUACAUUACCUACAUCUCACAAGACGAGGUCCUCAGGCGACACGACGGCCUGGAAGAGUCCUUUCUACCCGACUUUCUACUCCACUGCCCUAGUUAUGUUGAUACUCGACUCCAAAGCAAGGAUCAAUGGAACAACCCGAAAUAUACUUUACCAUUCUUCCUCGAUGUGAUCACCUAUCCCGGCGACGAGGGCAGUGCAGAUAUGGCCAUCCCUGGAUUUUUUGUGCCCACUCCAGGAUGCACUCUGUAUGGCGAUGUCGAGAAUGACUUCCCACCUCCCCUUGAGAAGCAUGGUCAUCUACCCAAAACGUUCUCCGUUCUGCACAGCUCAUUGGGGCCAUCAAACUGUAGUCGCCCCAAGGCUAAAGCUAACUUCAUACACCCUGCGCUUCUGAUUGGCAUCAAGGGCCCUGCGCGUUGGCCGGCUCAAGUAUCUUUGUCAGAUUCUGCAUCUAUCCCGUCAUCUAUGGAGCAGACGCUUCACGACCUAACCCAAAGGGUUGAGCCGAACCUGAUAGCCUUACUGAUGAAUUGGCACUACCAAUGCGAUCAAAACAUCAGAGGGAUUGGGAUACCCUCGCUCCCCUCAUACCGAUGCAUACCCCCGUGGUUCAUGCAAUUUGGAUUGAUUUACGAUGCCCACGGCCUCGUCAUCGUCGCUCACAUCCCAUUCUCCAUUCCUCCCUCCGCCACCUCGAAGUCCAUUUCCGCUCCACUCUCCUUUCUCUCAUGCAUAAUCGAUCGUCUGCCCAUACAUGGACUGUUGGACGUCCUCCCAUCCUCUAUUUCACAUGAAUCACGCAUCCUUGGGAAUUUCAGGGCUGCACUAGCUUUGUCCUGUCUUCAACGACACGCAUUUGUUAUGUCCGCGAUCAUGGACGGAGUGAAUUGGCCUUCUUCUAUCGCGCAAGAUGAUUUCGAGGAAGUUGAGGAUGGACAGGAACAAGACCAAGACCAAGACCAAGACCAGUCAAGCUCAGAUGCACAAUCACACUCGGAGUCGGCGUCAUCAGAUGAUGGUGAAUUCAUGUAG